CGGAGAGAGAGGCGGGGCCAGAGGAGAAAAUACACAGCGAGAAAGACGGAGGAGAGAGGCGAAGCCGGAGCUGAGUCGCCUUCAAUCCGCCGCUAUCCCGAUCACUAAGCGCCCGUCCCGAGCCCGGCAUCCCAUUGUAAUCCGCAGAAAGGAGCGCUCCAUCAGACCAGGUAGAUCGGGAGAGGUGCCGAUAAAAAUUUUCCUACUAGAUGACAUUUCAUCGCAAUGUCCGAUCGUUUGGGGCAGUUUACCAAGGGAAAGGAUGGGAAAAGCAAGUACUCGUCUCUCAACCUGUUUGAUAAGUACAGAGGGAAGUCAAUAGAAGCAGUCAGAACAACAGUUAUACCUAGACAUGGCUUACAGAGUCUUGGGAAAGUUGCCGCUGCCCGGCGCAUGCCACCUCCUGCGAACCUGCCAAGCCUGAAAUCCGAGAACAAAGGAAACGACCCCAAUAUAUUAAUAGUGCCCAAAGACGGAACGGGAUGGGCAAACAAACAAGAACAGCCAGACCAAAAGAGUUCCAGUGUGACAGUUCCUCCGCAGCAGGAGUUGCAGCCGCAGCAGGGUUUGCAGAAGUCUGUCUCCAAUUUACAGAAGCCGAACACGGCGAACAGCCCAGAAAAUAUCAGUUUAGUGCCAGGUGGGCCAAAGUCAUGGGCUCAGCUGAACGGAAAGCCAGCAGGACAAGAUGGUGGUUCAAGGGGCUCAAACCGACUGUUGUCCUUCUCUCCCGAGGAAUUUCCAACACUGAAAGCAGCUGGAGAGCAAGACAAGGCUGGCAAAGAAAAGAGCGGCUUAGAUCAGUCGUAUGGGCCCGGACCAAGCCUCCGCCCCCAGAGUAAGCCCCUCGCCCUGCUUCCCGAUGUCACCAGUUGGAGGGAGGGCGGUGGGAGAAGCAUCUCUAGUGGCAUAUCUCCAACCGUCACUCCUACUGAGCCAGGCAGCAAGUCCACCAUCUCUGGAGAUGGGGCUCCCCCUGCGGCGCAAGCUAACGAUUCCAAGGAGCUUUCGCUACGUCCGGCUCAGCCUCCUCGAAAAGGGGCUUCACAGUUUUUGGGAAACACAUACCAUCCACCAACCUACCAUGAUAUGCUGCCAGCUUUUAUGUGUUCUCAGCACCCAACUGAACCCACUGGGACAUUGGAUCGAGCUUCCUUCCCCACCCUUACCUCCUCCCAAUCCCGUCUUGAACCUCGUGUACCUUUUAGACAAUACCAGAUAAACAGUCAUGAAGGGAAAGAAAACCGGCCUAAUGGCAGUUUCCGGCCGGUACGCCCACAACAACGGCCCCAGCCCCAGCCUGAAAGGGCUCCGCGUGCCACUAUUAUUAAUGCUGAAGAUCUUAAAGAAUUGGAUGACCUGGACAAUGAUACAGAAGAUGGCUGGGCAGGUAUCCAUGAUGAAGUGGAUUAUUCAGAAAAGCUGAAAUUCAGUGAAGAUGAAGAGGAGGAAGAAGUUACAAAAGAGAGCAGAGCUAAAUGGAAUGGCUGGGAGUGUAGAAGGCCGCACCAAGUUACCUUUAACUCCACCGACAGUGCUGAAACAAAGCACCCAGCUGAGGAUGGGAAGGUGUGGAAUGACACUGGGAUGCACAAUCGUCCCGCAAGAAGAGUCCCAGAGCCUGUACAGCAAGCUCCCCGCAAGCCAAACAGUCGGCCUGCAGUGGCAGAACACCAGAAGCCUGCACCUUCUGCACUACUGCGACAACCAUCUGUGGAGGAGAAGGAAGAGAAGGUACCUCCUAGGCAGAAGUUUGUACAGUCUGAGAUAUCUGAGGCAGUUGAGCGCGCUCGCAAGAGACGGGAGGAGGAAGAACGCCGCGCUCGAGAAGAGAGGCUCGCUGCCUGCGCAGCGAAACUUAAACAGCUGGAUCAGAAGACAAAGCAAGCCUCAAAAUCUGGGAGUGAGACCCCAAGGCGGUUGGAAAACAAGGAGAAUGAAGAUCCCAGGUCUCCUGUCUCAGACCGGAGCAGCACUCAGGAAAGUUCGCAGAAUUUCCGAAGAGAGUACUCCCAGGAAGCACCGUCUGAUAAUUUGGAGGAGGAGCUUCCCGCAGUGCCCAGAGGAGGUGAUGCAAGCAGCGAGGAGGAGUACACAGAAUCCACAUCUGCCAUGCAGGAUUUUGGCAAGCACCAGAAACUCAUCCCACCCAGAUUUCAGAGGCAGCAGCAGGAGCAGUUAUACAAGAUGCAGCAAUGGCAGCAGCAGGCAGCAUAUGUGGCUUCUACCCAUUCCAACACUCCUCGCACCUUCUACUCCCACCACCCGCAGAUGUUGGGUUUCGACCCUCGCUGGAUGAUGAUGCCUUCCUAUAUGGACCCUCGAAUGACACAGGGUCGUGCUGCUGUGGACUUUUAUCCCUCUUCUCUUCAUCCACCAGGUGUGAUGAAACAUUUGAUUCAGCAAGAUUCUGUGGGUGGAAGCUGCCAGCCUGAUGACUGCCAGUCUACCGUGCCCUCAGAGCGCAGGCAACAACCCGCAGAGUCGAUGUCGGCAUGGAACCAGGAUGGCUAUGUGCAUGUUCAAAGCAAAGUCUACUCUGUGUCCCAACAGAAGCAAAUGGAAAAUACAACAGAAGGAAGUUACAGCAGGAAUGAGAACUGUUACUCUUCUUCGAGGGAACGAUCAGAGGGCACACAUACCCACCAUGAACCCUUAGAAGAGCGAGAAGAAUAUUUGCAAUCCAGCAGUUAUGAAAAGAAACCUAGUGGGAAUUUCAGCUGCAUCUCACCUCAAAGGGGUCAUGAUGUCUCAUUCCAACAAACAGAAAGUAUGGCAGAGUGUGGAGUAAGCAAGGGGCAGCAAACUAGUGCGCAGUCUAGGACCUCUGAUUUUGUAAAUAAGAAAGCUCAGUUUAAUGGCUGGGGCUAUGGACAUCAGAAGUCUUUGGAUACAUCCAGCAGUGUGGAAGAAGAGCUUCCUAAAGAGGUGCAGGCAGUAGGGUCUGGGUCUGAAACAUGGAAAAAGGAAGAUGGCGGAAUACAGGACUCCACUGUAGAAACGGGUUGGCGGCUAGAGUCGGCCAAUAACCAGCAGCAUUCGGAAAAUACUGGGAGAAGCAGACGCUCGGGUCCAAUAAAGAAGCCAGUUCUGAAGGCUCUUAAAGUUGAGGAGAAAGAGCUGGAGAAAGCAAAGCCGGAAACAAAAGAACCUCUUAAAACAAUGAAAGAAAAGCUACUCUCUAAGCUGGAUAGUGUAACCAAAGUAGAAUCCCCUGCCCUAAGCUCUUCUUCCAGCUCGACAAUCGAGGACAGGCCUCAGAUACAGCCUACUGUCCAGGAUUUGGAGAAAGCCUCUCAAGAAAAAACUGAAAGAACCUGGAGCAGUAAGCCAGCUUCCCGUGAAUCGAACCCUGCACCCCAAACCAAGAGAAGCAAUUGGAUUUUCAUAGAUGAAGAGCAGGCUUUUGGUAGGGCCAAUGGUCGUGGUAGAGGUAAAGGUUUUAGAGACUUUUCUUUCCGUGGAAGAGCUUCAGCUGGCUCUUACAACGGACAAAGAAUGGGCAGAGGCCGGGCUCUUCGGGAAUUUAAUCCCCCUGAAGAAUUCAGGGGCAAGGUUUCCCGAAGGCGUGUUGCUAGUGAAACACACAGUGAAGGGUCUGAAUAUGAGGAACUGCCUAAACGUCGGCGCCAGCGGGGAGCCGAGGAUAGACACGAACCUCCCCGUGUUGAAAGAGAAACUGAAGACUCAAAAGGAGACUUCCAAGGUUCUUGGAGGUCUAAUAGAAAUUACUCAGAUGAGCAAAAUAGCAUUGACUCAAAAUCCAGGGCCCCAAGGGCCUUUGGCAGAUCACUUCCACCGAGACUUAGCAACAGUUACAGUAGAAGACCUUUCAUAUCCAAGGAUUCUACACACUGGAGUUCCAAAUCGGGAGGUUCCUCUUGGCAAGAGUACAAUGCACCAACUGAGUCUUAUGGAUCACACCAUAACACAGACAGAGACUAUGUGCAUGACUAUAGGUAUUCCGAUUCCUACCACAACAGAGGUUUUGAUGAAGCCCAAGAUGAUAGGCGGUCUGUUUUUCAAGACGAUUAUUCAGAUAGGGAUAGUUUGGAGAAAAGGUCUUUUGGAAGACGAAGGCCUCCUCGUCAAGACAAGCCUCCACGAUUUCAACGCCUCAGGCAAGAAAGAGAGUCUCUUGGUCAGUGGACUGGUGAGGAAAUCGGCAGUACCGUGAAUGAUCGUGACAAUUGGCAGGCCCGUUCCAAGUUACCAUUGGGUGAAAUAUCUGGACCACCAGAGAGAUCUUAUCAUAAUGCUGACCAUGUCAAUGAAGAUUGGGAAACUGCAUCUGAGAGCAGUGACUUUAGUGAGAAAAGGCCUGGGGAUCUGGAUGGUGAAGGGAACCUGUCUGGAAAUGGCUUUUCUGAAAAGAGAGAGUUAUCUAAGAGAAGUUUCUCUAGUCAGAGGCCACUAAUGGAACGCCGCAAAGUUGAAUCUUCUAAUUAUGAAGAAAAGCCAUCGAAAGGCAGUGGAAAUUCCCAUAAUGACUACCAGAGCUCUGCUUCAUUGAAGAGCAGUCGCUGUUCUGACGAGUCCUACACUCAAGAGGGCAGUCACCAUCGCUAUGGGUUGGAGAGGUCUGCACAGUGUGACAAUGGAGACCACUCGGUGAAAAAAAACGAAAGGGACUCCAGACCAGCUGGGAUUAAAGGAAAUGAAAAAUCAGAAUCCAUCUCUGGAUUUGAUCUGAAAUAUGGAGAUUCUGUUAUUGAGGAGGAAGCUGACAUGGGAGGAGAGGCUUACUCAGACAUGAACAAAUCCCGUCGUGUUCUAGAUAAAGAUCGAAGAAAAAAGGAUCAAGUCGUUCAGGUGCCCAGUAAGAGUACCAGCAUACAGUCCAGAGUGCCACCUCGUUUUGCCAAAAAGCAGAACAGCAUGUGCAUAGAUCAGGCAGAUGUUACAGGCAAAGAGAUCUGGGAGAACAAUGGCCAAGCGAUUUCUGUUCAGUCAGGCAGUGAUACCUGGAGCAAGCCUGGAAGUGUUUUCAGUACAGAGUCCUCAUCCACUGAGGGGUUCAAAGGCAGCCAGGGUGACAGCGGGAUUGAUCUCAGUGCUGAGUCAAGGGAGUCGUCUGCCACAUCUUCACAACGGAGCUCUCCCUAUGGGACCAUGAAACCCGAAGAAAUGAAUGGGACAGUCAUGGUGGAGGCUAAGCCCGAUUGCCCCAAGGAGCAGGGGCAGAAGCAGUCGGACAAGAAGGAGUCUGAUUCUGGCCUAAACAAGGAACACAAGCCUGGUCCUAUUGGCAAUGAACGCUCUCUAAAGAACAGGAAGGGAUCAGAGGGGACAGAGCGUCUAGAAGGAAAUGUCCCACCUGUUAAUGGUGUGGAGAUUCAUGUGGAUUCCGGCCUUCCUGUAAACCCAAUUGAGUUUGGAGUAAAUGCUAAGGAUGCAGACUACUCUUUACCCCCUGGGGCUGCUCCAGGUCAAGCUGCCAACACAGUUACUAAACUUCAGGACGCACUUGCGAGCAAGGCAGGGCUUUCACAAUCUAUACCAAUGCUGAGGAGAGAUCACCACCUACAACAAGGCAUGGGCCUCAACCCCAUUUCCUACCCUACUGCUGACCUCACCUUAAAGAUGGAAUCUGCUCGCAAGGCUUGGGAGAACUCCCCCAGUUUGCCAGAACAGAGUUCCCCAGCAGCCCCUGGCUCAGGAAUACAGCCACCCUCUAGUGGAAGCACCUCCACUGGUGUCAACUACAGCUCCUUCGGAGGAGUGUCAAUGCCUCCCAUGCCUGUCGCAUCAGUGGCCCCUUCAGCUUCUCUUCAAGGUAGCCACAUCACUCCACUGUAUCUGGAAAGUCACAUGUUUCCUGGCCAGCCCCGCCUAGUUCAGCAGACGAUGCCUCAACAACAAGGAUAUCAGCAGGCAGCAGCAGCCCAGCAGAUCCCAAUUUCUCUUCACACUUCUCUGCAGGCUCAGGCCCAGCUUAGUAUGCGUGGAGGGCUCCCUGUUUCCCAGUCACAAGAAAUGUACAACUCCAUGCAGCCCUUCAGGUCCCAGGUGUACAUGCACCCCAGCUUGUCCCAGCCCAGUGCCAUGGUACUGGCGAGCAGCACGGGUCUCAAGCCUCAGUACUCCCCCUUUCCGGGAAUGCAGCCUCUGGAGAUGGUUAAGACGCAGCCCGCAUCCCCUUACCAGACCAUGAGUGGAAGUCAGCAACUGGUCUAUGAGAGCCAGCUGAACCAGGCGGCAGGUAUUGGCACCUCUCAGAUGAUUGACUCACCACUUACGCAGUUAACCAUGCCGAUGGCUGGAUCUCAGCUUCAGAUGCCCCGGUAUAGCUCUGGCCAGCAGCCACUGCUUCUACCACAGUCUAUUCAGAUGCCACAGGGACAAAACCUGCCAGUUGGUGCUCCCAGAAGAAUGCAGCCUUCAGUAUUGACUACAGGACGAGAAUCAUCUCAGAUGGAAAUGAAAGGAUACCACUUUGACGGUAAACAGGGCAUGCAAACUGCAGCAUCUGUGCAAGCCCAGCACUCCUACAGGCCAGGUUCAGCUAGUCCCAGCGGGAAGUCACCAGGACCGGUGCCCUCGGCCAACUUGGGACACUACCCUCAACAGGUGAAACAGAGAAGUGACGACCGCAAAUGCGGCCUGGCCUCUGGUAAACUUCCUGAGCAGCCUGCAGCCAGCCAGAUGAAGCCAGUCCGGACAGGGGCCAUCAAGCCUUCUGUGGCGAAAAUGGAGGAGAGCGCAGCUUAAGAAUGGGUUCCAUACAUUCACCCUUUGUAAAUACCAACUAGUUCUUACGGCCUCGCAUCCACACCCGGUUCCUUCUGUUUCUAGCAGAUUCUUCCUCAUUUGAGAGCCUCCCACAUUACCUCCACAAUCACAUGGACAAAUGGACAAGAAUUCCCCAGAACAGUUUGGAAACUACCUGUGUCCUCAUUCCUUAGAUUUACUUCUUGCUGAAUGGACUCCUUUGUGCAAGCAGGAGCGUCUUUAAACUUUCACCUUUUUACCGCCAACACAACCCUUCCCCCUCAGUCAUGCGUCCAUGCAGUUGGAAAAUUGUUGCCGUCAUAUGUCCCUGCUUCUCUUUUCUAUCUGACACAGAGCAGCGCAUUUGCAUCACUUGUUUCUUAAAUAUGGUUUCAUAUUUACUCCGUUCCCUUUAACUUUAUUUUUUAUUUAAAACCGCCAUAGCUUACAACAACCUGCAAACUUUUAUUUUAUUGUACUAUAGAAUGUUGUGUUUUUUUAUUUGUAUAUUUUUACCCCUCUGUGUACUCAGUUCUGGGUUUUUACAGCUGAAGUCUAGGCAGACAUAUUCUAGAAUGCUGCUGAAUGGGAGAAAAGGCUUUGACGAUAUGGAACUUCGAAACCCAAGUUCUGCAUUGUCAACGCUAGAUAAUGGUGCCGUUUUUAAAAAUAAGCUAUAGUUGGAGCUACAAUUAUAAAUAAAUCUGUCAGAAAUGCUAAACACUUGUGGGAGAAACUAUGUAGAAGAUGCAGCAGGAAAUUCCUGGGCUGCAUGCUAAUUAAGUCAUUGUUUUGCAGGUUAAAAAAAAAUAAGUAAAUUUUUUUAUUUUCUGAAGCCUGCAGAGCAUUACACCUGCGAUCAGCAGAUCGUUAGUGCAAUCUCAGUCUCCAGCAGACUCUCAGAAUAGCUGUCUGCUCAUACAGGUAAGCAGAUACCUGAGAGCAGGAAGAGUCAAUGGACUACUAGAUCACCCUGAUAGCUCAUUGAAACUACAAGCCGUCAGCCAAUGGCUGACAGAACUUGUAGGCAUUUAUUCACAGGAAUCUGUGAAUAAAUGAUGUGGCCAUGUGGGUAAAGCCCUGCAUGACUGCGCACUUCAAAUUGUGGCAGCUGGCACAGGGAGAAGAAUCCCGUCCGCUGUCACAAGGAGGUGAAGGGGGAAAGUUGCAGGAGCUGAGACAUGUUACAUGUUCCACCCUAAAAACAGUUGGAAUGUGUAAAAUGUUCUGAAAGUGAUCUUAUCCUGUCAAUGAUCAUACUUAACCCUGUGGUGUUGAAAAAGCAGAUGCCUACAGAUAGAAUCGGUUUAAUCACUGUACUUAGCUUGCAAGCUAUUUGUUUUUCUGAACACGUUAAUGCAACUCUUGCUAAAACCAUAAGCUAAAAUAAAGUGUUCCUUCAUAGAAGAUCAUAGUUGCCUCUCAUCCUGCCUGUGCCAUUGCUGCAAAGAUGAAAAUAAAUCACCAGCUAAAGAAUUAAAGAAAAUCUGCACUUCCUGGAGUGUUGUAUCCCUGGUCCCCAUGGUACUCUGGUUCAUUAUGGCCCCAGUUUCACUACUGUUUUUAGUGACUGAGGGGCUGGUGGGAAGAACCACAGUGUGUGGGCAAGGGCCAAGAAUUGGACAGUGCUGGCAGUUUCUAAUAUUUUUCAGUGUGCGAUUGCUCAGCUGUCGGUGGCACAGACGUUAAUGUUGUGUUAAGUUAGUCGGCCUCCAGUGGUCUAUAUUGGCCACCUGUGCCAAGUUUUUGGGUUCUCUGCCAUACAACCUUAAUUUAUGUUACCUAAAAUAGAUUUGGUGCGCAAUGGUCUUUUUGAAACUUUGUAAUCUGCUCUGAUUAUUUGGUAUACCACAAAGGUGAUUUUAUAGUCCUACCAAUUUGGAAAAGAAAAUGGCUUUUGGGGGAGAAUAGCUGAGCUCAAAAAGUUUUCUAUGUAGUCUGCAGACCCACUAGUGAUUUCAAAGCCCAAUGAAAAGGUUAGGGUAUCCCUUGUAGAAAAUUCAGGUCUAAGUGCUUAAAUGUUCCAGCUCCGGCAGAGGAAGAUUUUAUUUGUGUCAUAUCAGGCAGCUGUUUCUUAUUUUAAGAAAGUAAUGAGCAAAGCAGUAAUCAUGGUUGCAAAAUGAAGUUUAAAAUGUUUAUCCUAAAUACAUAUAACCUGCAAGCAGCAGUUAUUUAGUCUUGUCAAUCUAACAGCCUUUUUUUGGAUACACAGUGUCUGCUUGGGUCUUAGAAUAUCUGCUCACCUGCCUUAAUGUCCUUAGGAAUCCAACUAAACUCCCUCUCCUCCUUGCUUCAUACACAUUUAUGCAUAUGGUUACAUAUCCUUUGGUCUGAUUUUCAUAUAAUGUAUAUAACAAUCUAAAUUCCAGGACGUGUUUUCCUAUAUGCAUCCUAGAAUUCCCCACUCACCACCUGCUGUGCACCUUAGUGCUUUUCUUUUAGGUUCUUGCAGUCUAAAUACCUUAAAAAUGUACUGUUCAUGGGACUAGAUUAGCACCAGCUCCCAUACACUUGGAAUCAGUCUAUGGGAGAAAUUAAACAGCACCUGCACAUUAGAAAGCAGCAAAACAUGAUGCUGUUCUGGGACUACAUCUCCCAGGAGGUAUAGCUGCUUUCCUGGUUGUGGGGGGGCAGCAUGUCAUUCCUAUUCAGUGGGUGAUGUUAGGCAAGUUCCAUAGACUUUUAAACUGCAAGUAUCGGAGCUCACACAUCAAACAUGAUUACUGCACUCCCUGUAAUCCUGAGAACCUGGGGGUGUCACAAUCUUGCUGCUGAGGAUUGGAUGAGCUAAGGUGUCACAUGGCCUGGAAGUUAGGUGGUGACUUUUUAAAUGCAAGGGGAAGAGAGGAAAUAUGACAACUAACUGUCUUUUCAAAAAUAAGCCAUCUGCAGAUUAUUCCUACAUAGCUGCCACCAUUCUGAAUGUGGCACAUUAGAGAAACUGAUAGUAAAAUUGCAAUACUGCCAAUCUGUAUUGAGGGCUACAGAUAUUCGUAGAUGACUUUUAUCAUUUACAUAGAAACUGCAUUUUUUUUUUCUUUCUUCCCCCAGAACUGCACAUCAUAUGUACAACCAUUUUUAAAUUACUAUAUGGCCUUUGCAUAUAAACCAUUACGGGUUCAAUGCCCAUCUGACUGCUCAAGUCAUAACAACGGGCAUCACGCAUGCAACUGAAUUAAAAUGUGUUCUGAUUUUCUUUCCCUUAUACCAAACACAGCGCAAUACAAGGAUCCUAGUCUGGUUUUGUAUAUAUGCAGUGUACAGUGUGUAUGUAGUAGAAGGAUUAUACUAUUUCAAAAGCUUUACCUUGCUUCAAGUUAGUCUGUGUUAUGUAUUUGUAUAUAUUCCCCCAACACGCUGGACUUACUGCUGCACCAGUUUUAAAGAAACCGAUCACUUGUACACGUGGCCUCUGAAUAUAGAGAUGUAAAGCUGACAGUCCUACCUACUGAGGCCAAGUACAAAUCUGUAUUUAGUAUCUGUGAACACAGCCUAUACUGUAUCCCUGGCAAGAUUAUUGGUCCCUCUGAUGGAGAGCCAGAUGAAGUAUUGAAUAUUCAAAACAUACCAGAUCUCCCCCUGCUUUCAAUAAAUUCACUGAGGAAGCAAUCACCAUUGGUUUCUACAGGUCGCAUGUAUCAGUUUGUCUCCAAAAUGACUCAACAUAGUAACCAGUCAGAUGUUCCCUUCUAUUUUCUCACUACACAGUGAAAGAAUGAAAGGGAGCUUCUAGAUGCUAGGGUCAGCAUGGCUUUUCCAAAUCUCAAAGUGGCCCAUUUUGAACUGCCUUCAUCCAGAGACUAAUUACUGGUCUUUGUGCUUCAUGUUCAUGGGAGAUAAACCUGUAUACAAAGGGAUCUUUUCCCUAAAAUCGUCCCCCUUGCUUUGCGGCAAGUCCCACUCUUAGUGCACCACAGAUGGAAAUAGGUGUUAUCUGGAAAAGCAGUGUAAAUAUUAGCAGGGAGAGAGACAGAUCUGCAUUUACGAUUAAUAGAACCUGUCAGGAUGGUGGUUGCCUGUCACAGCAGAGGUUUUCCUCCAGAGCUGGUGGUUGGCAGACUCAGAAAAUGUGUGCUUGUUCCAGGGCAGGGUAGGUUUGCUCUGCCUGCGAACUAGCAGUGCUUUGUGGUGGUGGCAGCCUCUAGCAUUGGAUGGAAACCACACCUGUACCAGAAACCCUCUUUACAGGUGCCCUUUAAAGUUGAACCUCCCCCAAAAAGUAACUAUUCUGGCCCUAUAUUUGAAAUGUUCGGAAUCUACUGUGUGAGAUGGGAGGAUGCUAAUAGAUUGCUAGGGGGGAGCACCAAAUUCUUCUCCAAAUGUGACUGUAAACUGGAGCAAUAAUUAGUCUCAGAGAUGGCUCUGAUGGUCUUGUUCACAAGAUGCCUCCUUUGGAAGCAAGUAAAGCUCUGUAAGAUCAAGAGGACAUGUUGCAGCAACAUCCAUCUUUCCGCAGCUUAGCGUAAAUGGUCAAUGGGUUCCUCUAUGCCAGGGUCAGCCGAAUGUCACACAUACCCAUUUAUGUACAGCAGUGGCUGGUAACUAAAACCAACCUGCAGUAACACGCAGUCUUGUCAUGUCCGCUAGAGAUAUUGAAGGUGGUGAGGUGAUAGAUAGCAAGUGUUUUAUAUUUUUUUAAAAAGAUAUUACGAGAGAUCUUUUUAAGUGACCCAGAAAAGAAAAAAAAUCCUCCUGGCUUUCACCCAGCUUGGUGUCGGAGUUGAACACCGCUCAUUUUCCCCAUUACUGGCCCUACAUACCUCGUCUUCCCAGUUCAAAUUAAUUUUCUCCCUUCUUUAAACUAUGUGAUUGUACUAGCUCUUAUCAUCUGGAAGAAUUCUCAUUUAAAUAAAAAAAUGUAAAAAAUCAAAAUAAAGCAAAAUAUGCUUUUCUC